AUGCGAGGGAGACUGCCUUGCGCUGUCGCAUGCGGUAGCGUAGCGGAAGCUCCUGCGAUGGCUUGGUGUUGGGGAAAACUUCGUGCGGGUGAGCAAGGCCAGUUGGAUAUGCGGCCACCAACAAUAAAGAUUGUUGAGGACCCAUCUUCUUUACCCUUUGCAUAUCAUAUUUCGGACCUCGGGGUCUGUUACGGUCAUCUUCCACCCACUGAGCUUCUUGAUAUCGAGUACCCCAAACCACCACAAAUGACACCCGAACAACAAAUGCAUGGUCACAAUAGAGUUUAUCAGUACAGUGUUUGCCCGGGGAGCGAGACAGGCGAGACAGGAACCGCCCUCAACCCUGCAACACUAGUCCCUCCAUCCAUCCCAUCGGCUCGAGCCCUCACUCGCCCAGGUUCCGCCCUCGCAGCCGCUCAGCGUCCCGACUUUUCUUCCUCGUCGGGCCCGACCCACCCUAUCCGGAAUAGCGCCGUCAUUGCGGCAUCGCGACCCGUGGGCCACAGAAGCUCGCCCAGACGGUACCUGCGACUUGCACGCCCUGGCACGCCCCGCGACAAAAUGCCGCAACAGACCUUGUACUCGAGACCCCUUCUCCAUCCUGCUCGUGCCCCAGAAUUGGAUGUCCACUGA